UCAUUUCAUCCACAAAUUUAAGGCCCCAUAAACAUAGCCAACAAAUAGGCACAUGGCUUUGCCCUCGGUGGUUAGUGACAAAAGCUUAAGCUCCAGCCGAAAGCCUGUCUACAGCCUUUUAUAUAAAUAACCCCCUUUCUAUGAUCCAUUUUCAUCGUCAACUACAAGCAUUAUCGAUUCAGACACCAUAUUGUUCUAAAUUUCUAGUUUCCUUUCUUGUUUCCAAUCUUCCAAGAAAAAUGGCAAUGCUCAGCUCUAAGAAACUCAUCAAGAUGGCCAGGAGAUGGCGGAAGUUUGCAGCCAUGCAGAAGAGGAGGAUUUCUUUUCCAAGAAAUGGCAGUAGUGCAGAUGGUUGCAGUACAUCCUCAUCCUCUACAGUGGAAAAAGGCAAUUUUGUAGUCUAUACAAUCGAUCAAAGGCGAUAUGUGUUUCCCCUGGCUUACCUUGAAAAUGAGGCCAUUGCUCAACUUUUAAACAUGUCUGAAGAAGAGUUUGGACUGCCGAGUGGUGGCCCUAUUACAUUACCCUGUGAUUCAGGCUUCAUGGACUACAUCAUUUCGCUAAUCAAGAAAGGUGUAACUGCUGGAGAUCUUAACAGAGCAUUGCUCCUCUCAAUUCCUUCAUGUUGCUCUACUUCAACCUCUUAUUUGCACCAAGAAAGUGGAAACCAACAGCUUCUUGUUUAUUGACUCAUGACGUCAUGUUCUGUAAAUGAUAGCUCAAAAUAGAAUGUAUAGCAGUUGAGAAAUAGGUAACUGAAGGCUUGUAUUAGUACAGAAGGAAUAGAGCUUUAUCUUGAAAUUAACCAGAUCUAUAGCUUUCACUUUCCAAUUUAGUGAUUGAGAAAUUUUAACAUUAUCAUCGCACGAUUAUUUAUUAAAGGCAAUCAGUUUUGUCAA